AGCAGACGCCUGAAGUGUGUCCGUUAGGUGGAGAGAGUAACCGGAGAUCGCCUGCCAGUCACAGAGUGAAACCGGGCUGAUCAGGUGUCUGGGAGAGAAAAGACCGGAGGCGUUGCUAAAAAGAUGGAGUCACCGUGCGCUGGGCAGGGGGUCAGAAUGUAGACACUGACUUUGACCUUGAAGAGAUCAGCGAAGUUAAAAGAGAAGUCGUCCGGCCAGAGGAGGCGAGGAUAGGAGGCCCAAAGAAAAGGCUUCCUCCCUGCUCCGGUCUCCAGUCUCGCAGGACUCUGGACGACUCCUCUGCUGCAGCCAGUCCACAGGGAUCUGCUCCCAGGAGGCUUCCAUAUCUUAAGACAAGACCGACGAAGAGAAUACAAUGAAGGGGUACAGAGGAGCAGCCAAAAUGGAGAACCAUGUCACACAGAUUUCCAGAGAUGACCUGGAAGAGCUCAGGGAAGCCUUCAACAAAAUCGACAUCGACAACAGCGGCUACGUGAGUGACUUUGAGCUGCAGGAGCUGUUCAGAGAGGCUAGCUACUCCCUGCCAGGAUACAAGGUGAGGGAAAUCAUGGAGACCUUCAUUGCUGGAGACACCAACAAGGACGAGAAGAUCAGCUUUGAGGAGUUUGUUUCUAUCUACCAGGAGCUGAAAAGCAAGGAGUUAAGUGAGACCUUCAGGAGAAACAUCUCGAGAAGAGACGGCAUCCGGUCCUUUGGUGGAAUGUCAAAGAUAUCCAGCGAGGGGACGCAGCAUUCCUACUCUGAUCAAGAGAAGGUGGCCUUCGUUAACUGGAUCAACAAAACUUUGGCCAAAGAUCCAGACUGUGAACACCUGCUGCCCAUAAACCCCAAAGACGGCAGCCUCUUCAAAUCUGUCCGGGAUGGAAUCCUGUUAUGUAAAAUGAUCAACCUGUCUCAGCCUGACACCAUUGAUGAACGAGUCAUCAACACCAAGAAACUCACCACCUUCAAGAUGACUGAGAAUCUGGUCCUGGGUCUGAACUCAGCCUCAGCCAUCGGCUGCACAGUGGUGAACAUUGACGCCCCUGAUCUGAUGGCUGGGAAACCCCACCUGGUCCUGGGGCUGCUGUGGCAGGUUAUCAAAGUCGGCCUGUUUGCUGAUAUAGAAAUGAGCAAGAACGAAGGUCUCUAUGGGCUGCUGGCGGAUGGAGAAAAACUGGAACAUCUGAUGUCUCUGUCGCCCGAGGAGCUGCUGCUCCACUGGGUCAACUUCCAUCUCCGUAAUGCAGGGACGCAGCCCAUCAAAAACUUCAGUGAAGACAACAAGGACUCCCGGGCCUAUUUCUACCUGCUGCAACAAAUCGCUUUGCAAGAGGCAAAAGAAAAGGAGCUCAGAACAAGAGUGAAAAUCGACAUAAGUGGCCUGAAUGAACCUGACUUGGAGGAAAGGGCAGAGCUCAUGCUGCAGCAGGCGGCCCGUCUGGACUGCAGGCAGUUCGUGUCUCCUCACGACGUUGUAUCUGGAAACAGCAAACUCAACCUGGCCUUUGUGGCCAAUCUGUACAACAUGCACCCAGCCAUGCACAGAGCCAACACCAACGGCAUAGAGGUCGCACGCAUAGCAGGAGAGUCCAGGGAGGAGAAAACUUUCCGCAACUGGAUGAACUCUCUGGGAGUGACUCCAUAUGUCAAUCAUCUGUACUGCGAUCUGUGCGAUGCUUUGGUGAUACUGCAGCUCUAUGAAAAGGUCAAAGUGCCUGUGAACUGGAAGAAAGUCAACCGUCCACCUUACCCUUUCCUGGGUGCAAAUAUGAAGAAGCUGGAGAACUGCAACUACGCUGUAGAUCUGGGCAAGAAUGUUGCUCACUUCUCUUUGGUCGGUGUCGGAGGUGCAAACAUCAAUGAGGGCAGUGCCCUGCACAUACUGGCCCUGGUCUGGCAGCUGAUGAGGAGGUACACAGUCCUGGUUUUGUCAGAUUUAGGUGAUGGAGAAAAGGUCGGAGACCAGAUCAUCCUGGACUGGGUCAACACCACCUUGAGCCACAACCGCAAAGACACACAGAUCAGCAGCUUCAAGGACAAACAAAUCAGCACCAGUCUCCCAGUUAUUGACCUGAUCGACUGCAUCACUCCUGGAACUGUCAAGUGGGACAUGGUGAAGAAAGUAGAGAAAGGGUUUAUGAAGAAGGAAGAUAAGAACGACAAUGCAAAGUAUGCAAUCUCCUUGGCCCGCAAAAUUGGAGCUCGUGUUUAUGCCCUGCCUGAUGAUUUGGUGGAGGUUAAUCCUAAAAUGGUGCUGACAGUGUUCGCCUGCCUCAUGGGCCACGGUUGGAAAAAAGGCCUUAAAUGAAAAAAAAAAAGAAGACAAAAGAUAAGAAGAAAACUUUGAACAAACCUGAAAUAUAAUAUGAAACAAAAUUAUUUUUCUGUAAACUCUCUUUUCGUCAUCUUCUUUUUAACCUUUGAAGUUAAAGUAAUCACAAAAACAAGCAGAUUAUACUUUGUUUACGAAAGCAAUACAUCCGUGAACACGCAACAAAUUACAUAUCUUAACAAAGUUUCUGCUUAUCUAUGAGUUUAUACAAUAGAUAAAAAUGCGAACAAUUUUUCUUUUUUCCAUUACAUGGUACUUGCUUCAUUAUGUAGCUUCGCAGGAAAAUAAAAAAUCAAACACAUUUUCUUUCAGCAAAACCUGUUUGUCUGUAAAUGUUGUGCAUUAAAUACUGCUAUUUAAUUAUUAAAAUAUAUUGAGUUGU